CUCGAUUAUUCAUCUGCCAAAAAAAUUAGCUGUGGACAAGGCGUUCGCCUCUACUUGAGAGAGGAUAUGUUAAGUCCGUCUAAGCCCCGUUAACAACUUGUCAAUGAACAGAUACGAAGCGAUGCUUGAGGGUGCAGUACAAAAAGGGUCGCCGAAGAUGUCUUCGAGUACUCAAGACGAAUUAACAUUCAGAGUCUCCGAUCUCAUAUUAGUCAAAACAUAUAGAGUACAAUCAUGGUGCAGAAAGUUCCAACCCAUUCCUUAGGUAAAAACGGACCGCAAGUUGUAGGCAUGGGGAUCGGCCUGAUGGGCUUAGCCGGUGCGUAUAGCGCCAAACUGCAUGACCAUGAAAGACUUGCCUUCCUGGAUGAAGUAUACAACCUCGGCGAGUGGUUCUGGGACACUGCGGACAUCUAUGGCGACUCCGAGGACAUUGUUGGAAAAUGGCUUGCUGCCAACCCGGAGAUGCGAAAGGACAUCUUUCUUGCCACGAAGUUCGCCAAUCGCUUCGACGAUGGAGUUUAUUCCGUCGACUCCACUCCGGAAUUCUGCGGGCAGGCCGCGGAAAAUUACCUCCGAUGUCUAUGUGUGGACUACGUGACUUGUAUUACUGUCAUCGUGUUGACGGCAAGACACCGAUCGAGCAGACCAUGCACGCGCUGGCAGGCUUGAAGGCCGAGGGCAAGAUCAAAUACAUCGGUCUCAGCGAGGUCAGUGCAGCUACACUGCGUCGUGCAUGCAAGAUUGGCCACGUCGCUGCACUCCAGGUUGAGUACUCGCUCUGGUCCUUGGACAUCGAGAACCCUCAAGUCGGGAUCCUUCAGACCUGCCGUGAGUUAGGAGUGGCGACGAUCGCCUACUCACCUAUUGGUCGAGGCAUGCUCUCGGGCCUGAUUCGUUCCAUCGAUGAUGCGGACGAAAACGACAGGCGUCGUAACUAUCCUCGAUUUACACCAGAGAACUUCAGCAAAAAUCUCGUCCUUGUAGACCAAAUUGUCGGGUAUGCGAAGAAGAAGGGUGUUACUGCUACGCAGCUCGUGCUGGCUUGGUUGUUGGCUCAGGGACCGGAUAUCGUACCGAUUCCGGGUACAACAAAGCUACAACGCUUGCAAGAGAAUCUGGAGGCCUUGAAGAUUGCUCUAUCCGAGGAGGAGGUCCGCGAAAUACGAGUCAUUGCAAAAACGGCAGAGGUUCAAGGGUCUAGAUACCCAGAGAUGUUUAUGAAACAGACUUUCGGCAACACGCCAGAAGAACAACAGAAAAGGCAGGGCUGCAUGUCGGCUCUCUGUCGCGCUGCGGACUCGGACAGUUGUCAGUUCUAGACAAAAAACGCGAAACGUUAGUUGAUAAACGCUCGUUCUAAUUGUGCUAGCCUGCGGAUCCUUUGUCACCAGCAUACGACCUUACAACGGGCUAAAAACUCGAGAUGCUAAAUGCUUCUUCUCAUCUGACUGUAAAUUCACUAACGAGGUGCACAUUUCAUCAUCACUUGUUGUAAAGUGCUGGCGGAGAAUGACUGCGUGAACGUACUUCAUUUGAGACUGUUUUCCCCAUACUAUUGGAUCGACAUUGAAAGUACUUAGAAAGAGCUGAGCAAAAGUCCAGACCCAAGGCAGAGGAUCCGCCCGAAUCCGUGGGUCCACCUCGCAUGCAGAAGCGCAGCGACGGGUAGCGCCUCAGCUCCCUCAUGCACUGUUGCCAGGCACCUGCUCAUCACAAGACCAUGAGUCGAGACGCCAAUCGACGUCGUUAGCACAUGGCGGACGGUUGAAUAAUGUACUGCUAUACGGAGGUAGUUCUUGACCGUUCUCGCGUCAUCAAGACUUAUGUAAGGGGCGUGUAGUCGUCCGAGGAGGGAAUAUCGGGUAUCUUUUUCCCACUCAUGGUUAACGGCGGUAUGGUAACCUGCGCGGCGGCAGUUUAACUGGCCAGCGUGCACGCUCUAAAAAAUUUCGAGAAUAAGGCCGUUCUCUGCU